CAGACCACCUACGAAGGAAACCAGUUGAAAAGCGGAUCGGGGAAAAGAAUUUUAUCUAUGAAUCCACAAUCUGUGAGUGAUUGAAAUGUCGGAAUGCAACCCGGCAUAGGUGGUUCUCGAAACCGAUUCGACAAAUACAAUACAAUGCCAAUCACAUUCGUUCCAGCAGCUAUCAAUUAUAGGUUAAUCAUUUUCAUACUAUAGUAAAUAAAAUUAUUUCACAACCUUCUGCGCAUUGAUUACUCUCAUAAAGAAUAAAAUGUGUUUUAAAUCGGCUCAUUAUAAAUCAGUAUCAUCAAAUAAGAGACGGUGUGUCGCAGUGUGAAAUCAUAUUCGGCGUAAGAAUGAAGUACAAACUAUUUAGUUUAUCAUUGUGUUUUAUCAGUUUUCUGGUGGAAUAUUCCUAUGCACAGUAUGAUUACAAUACCCCGACCGACUAUGAUUAUCUGACAACCGAAUAUCAAGACUACGGCCAGUCAGAGAACACUGGUGCUGUGGAUCCCGGACUCACUGAAUCGACGGAUGAUUACAACUACGAAGUGCUUACACAAAAGCCAGUGGUAGUCAAUCCACCUACUAGACCUCCAAUAUCUAAUCAAGUUCCACGAACUAUCAUUAACUGGUAUAUUAUUGCUCCAUCAUCUAUAAGACGAGUGCCAGCCAGGCGGCAGAUUUAUUCAGGUUAUCAAAUACCGUGGAACUUAAUCUAUAAUACCAACCGACACGAUAGUAGAUAUGUGGCUCGGAGAUAUCAAUCAGCUUCCAGAUACGAAGCAUCGAGUCGUAGAUUGAUUGAAGGAAUUUUUGGCUACUAUUGGAGAAUAUAAAUAUAUGUUAUCAUUUCAAGGGUUGUGGAGAUACGAUAUGUUAGUGCUGCUUGGAUGACAAUGUUUAGAAUAAGUUCGAUGCGUUGCGGUGUUCGAUGAUGUAUCGAGAUGAUG